AUGACUACCUUUCAUUCUACCACGGUUCCUGAAGUUCUUCAUGAGCUAUUCUCAGUAGCUGGAGAAGAGUGGGCUGGAAACUUAACCGUUACUCAAUUUGCAGAUGAGUACUUGAAUUAUUUCAAAAAGCUUGAAAAGAAUGGUAAGAAGCCAAAGGCGCACUUUGUUAGAGAUCGUAAGUCAAACGAUAUUCUAAGCAUCGUCAUAGUUCAUCGAGAGAAAGGCUACUAUAAAAAUGCUGAUAGGGCAGGUGCCAUUUCGUCGUCUGCACCUCCCAGUGCAGAAUCGAUUGGAGUAGAUCAUAUCACAAUGUUAUUAGUCUCUUUUGUUUUCACAGUUGCCAAACAGAGAGGAAAAGGUCUCGCAGAGAGUUUAAUCAAAAGGGCCAUUGAAUCCACUGAGCAAGAAAUCAUCGAUCAGCACAUUGCUUUGAGUAAACCGGAAAAGAAGGACAACUUUAAGACUAUGGUCACUGAUCUGAAUGGCAAGAUUGAUACCUCUUUGGCACAUUACUAUUUGAGUAAAAAAUACUUCUGGUAUCUUUACUCUAUCAUUGGCACAUUCUACGAAAGGUUUGGAUUCAAAGAAUUCCCCUUGGAAGUCUAUAAGAUUCCUCUGGCACCAAAUCCAAAUAGCGAAGAAUUGUUGAAAGUCUUACUAGAUGGAGCUGAAGGGACUUCUGCUAAUCAGGGACCAGGCGGCAAGAAGUUGAGGUUCCUCAAAAAGAGUAACCCUCAAGAUUUAGGUCUCAUUGAAUUUAUUUUCCAAACAAAGGAACUUGAAAUUGUCACUGAAUUGAAUAAAAACAUCUCCCAUAGUGAACUUGGUUCGGGUAGAUCACAAUCUUCUUUAGCUAACAUGUCUGAUAUCUUGUCGGUCAAUAAGUUGCUGAGUGCAACCGAAUUAUUGUCCUUGGGCUCUAUCAGCGAAGCAGGCAAAGUCCAACAAGAAAAGUCUGAAUUGAGAAGGAAAUCUUCGAUCCUUCAUCUGGCCACUCCUAAAGUUGCAAUCAAGCCAGAAUUUCUGACGUUUGACAUUCGUGCCACUGUAAGCAUUGAAUUUGCAAAAGCCUCGAAAUCAAAUGCCGAACUAGCCACCAAGUAUGCUGACAUUCAAGGUGCAGUGUUAACUAACGAGUUACAGCAAAAGACCCAUUACGUACUCUGGAGUACAUUAUUGGAGCAUAAAUUGGUAAUUAUAGCUAUGGGAGAGCUUAAAUCAGAUUUCUUCAGCUCUGUUUUUGAGUCCGGAGCAGGGGUUGGAGGAGGAGCUGGGGCUCCACGUCGUCGUGGAUCUUCAUUCACAGGUAUAAACGACCUAGGCGGCCACAAUUUCCAGGACUUGGAUAUUCUCUUCCAAGUAGCUGGAUAUGUUGCCCGCCACAGACAACUACCAGAGAAGGAUUAUAUCUAUGCAGCUGUUAACGAUUUACCAACCACGAUUCCAGUUCCUGUCUUACACGAUUAUUUGUUGAACUUUGUCAACAGCCAUCUUCCAGCAGACUCUAAAAAAGUUGAAUUUUUCAGUAAUGGUGAUGAGCAAUUGGGAAUCCUACCAAUGAUGAAGAAAUUUGGUCAGACGUCAUCUAAUGUUGAUAUUGACUGGGUCUCCAAUGGAGUAUGGUCAUUUGGUUGGUAA